AUGCUCAAGCUUGAAGCGGCUUUUUCAGAGUAUGAUGAUCAUAGUCAGCAGGCGCUCAGCGAGGACACGAAGAUUGCUUGUUUGCUUCGUUGCGUCACAGGCCAGUUGAAGCAGCAUCUGAGUGUCGCAGUCACAGACAAGACUAAGUAUGCAGAUUUGCGUAGUUUGGUGUUGCGCUGGGAUAAUGCACAGACUCGUUGGGGCAAUGCAGUUGCUGCUACGUCUUCCUUGGGUGAUGGUCGUGGUGGUCAAUCUCAGAGUCAGCCUAUGGAGGUCGAUUCCAUCGGUCAGCUUGCUCAGGCUAUCAAUCAGAUCGACCAGAACGAUCGAUGCUUGUGCUGCGGAAAGCCUGGACACUGGAAACGUGACUGCUUCAAGUUCAAGAGGGACAAAGGGCAGUCAGUGAACCAGGUGAGUUCUGCUGGUGAAGAGACGAGUGCCAUCGAUGCUACUUCGACUACUGCAUCGACUGUCGCCCCUAGCCACAGCGCAUCGAAUGUUCCUGCAGUUCCUAAGCGGAUUCAGAUGCUUUCUCGAAUCGAUGACCAGGGAACGUUCGACUUGACAGCUUUCGAUGAUGAUAAUGUGAUUGGCUUUGGUGGUUCGCUUCGUAUGGUGCAAUCAACGCGUGUAGAGCAGUUUGACAUGUCUUGUGGCGACAGUAUCGAUGGAUGUGUCAUCGAUGGAGGUCGUUGGAAGAUCGAUCUUGAGUAUAGCAUUUUCGAUCUGGAUGCUGCUCAGCUGUGUGCCCUUUGUGCGCACGCGAAUGAUGAUUCCCAGGUGAAAAUAUUUCACCACAUCGAUGCCUCCGCGGCAAAAGCGAUGUUGGAGCGAUCUGGAAGCAUCCGAGCGCCGAUCAGAGUGUCUAAGAGUUCUUUGCGGGCACUUGUUGCGAUGGCAAUGGUCAGUGCCGCUAGCGCGUUGAGCCCCAGCAACGCGAUGGGAAUGUGGCAUGCUGUGACUGAGAACCUCAGCGGGUUGCCUACCUUAUAUGCUGUGAUUCUUCCAGUCAUUCUCGGCGUCUUCGUUUGCGGGCUUGUUAGUACGUUGUUGAUCAUGAAGCCUCAGCCGAUAAUCAUCACCGGAAGCUUUGACAAGCAGCUGAACAAGUUCGCAGAUAGUGAUGGCUACGGGGGACACAUCGAUCUGAGAAGCAGGUCAUGCUCAACUGCGCUGAGUGAUUCUUCGACGUCAACAGAGCACAAGGAGGUGACGGUUACACAGAAGCGUGUACACAGCAAAGAUCCCGAGUUGAAAAAUCCGGUGUGGGUUGCUAAGGGCUUCGGCAAGAAAUAUCACUUGUAUGGAUGUGGCAAGCUGAACCAGUCGUUUGAAGUCACCGAGCACAGCGAGGAGAUUGUGAUUCAGCAGGGUAUGGAGCCGUGUAGCUUCCGCAAUCCUCACCUCAAGUAUCAUCCCAAGAAGUUCGUGAAGAGCAAGUAG